AGAAGUGCGUUGUCGAUGCCGCUUCUUCAGCUUCUUCGGACAAGUCCACCACCGCAUCUGCUGAGCCCAACACGGUUCAUCAGCGCACCCACCCCUCCCCCACACGCACAUCGGCAACCGUAUGCCCACACACCGAGAUGCACAAGCACGGUGUGAGAACAUGACGAGAUCGACAUGUGAAAGUCAUCUUUUUGUGCGUCUGUACUCGCAGAUCGAAAUGUUGUCUACGUUUUAUAUUCGUCGGCAUAUAUCCGCUUCUUCGCAGUCAUGUCUCCGUCAAUGGGAAAGACAUACAUACAAUACACUUCUCCGCUCUUCUCUCUGUGGAUGGGUGAUUUGCAGAUCGCUGGCUGCAUUUAUAUUCGAUCGGCCGAUGCCUUUUGCACAUCAAAAGUGAGCUGUCGAAGUAUACUAUGCUCACCAAGUCGUGUGUACGUGUCUCGUGUCUGUGUGCAGAUGGAUCGCCGUCUCCAUCUUACAUCUCCGAUGCCCCUGCUUACUGAAUCAUCCACGCCUGCCCCCGGCGGCCCCACAGGUACGUAAGUGAGGGAGACACAAAAGAGGUGAUAAUCACGAUUUGCUCAUGUCUCUCCUCUUUCGUCUAUCUGUCUACGCAUAUUUGGCCUCUUUGGCGGCCCCCGCUACCCCACUGGCCAGCCCACGGCCUCCACUCGCAGCGUUGAUGACGCUGCCAGAUGGAGGCAGCGAUAAGGUACGCCUGCCCGACAGGAUGUGGGUACUCUCAUCUGGCAGCGUCAUCAACGCUGUGAGUGGAGGCCGUGGGCUGGCCAGUGGGGUAGCGGGUCAGAUUGAGGAGGCGUCUCUCGGGGCCGCCAGAGACGCGUUACUCGAGUCGGUAGGGGGGAGAGGGAAGGCGGGCCAAUGGCUCCCAACAGCCUCUACUGCCCUGUCUGUCAGGAGCUGUUGCGUGUGUGCCGGGAGAAGUCUGAGAUCAACAAGGUAAGAUCAUCGACCUAAACACAUGCCAAUCUGAGAUGCCGGGCGGUGUGUGCGCAGGAGCUGACAUCCGUAAAGGAUGACAACAAGAAGCUGCUGGACAAGCUUCAAGUGUUGUCAGGAUUGCACCUUCAGCCAAGUACGCCUCACAGUUGGCUGCCACCAAUGCUGCCACACUGACGAAUAGCAUCCGCACGGCAUUCCAUGGAGUGGCGCUCUCCUUUGCUUUUCAGUAGGUCCAUCACACUCAAGUUCAUUGCCGACACAUCACAGCCGCCAUCACCAUGUACUGUACACCGAGGUUGGUGUGGUGCCGGAUGCCUUCAGCGGCGUUAGAGGAGCACCCUGAUGACGAGGUCAAGUACCUGUCAGGUGAGUGA